AUGCCAGCACCAGACCUUCCAAACGAAAUUCUCCAACAAAUAUUUGACAACAUCGACAAGUCCUCGUUCAGCACCCUUCACUCAAUAAUCCUCGUGAAUAGGUCUUGGUGUCAAAAUGGUAUCUCACGAUUAUGGGCCCAGCCGUUCAGCAUUGUGGUACUCCCCAAGAUAUUACCAAUUAUUCCAAGAAACAUAAUUUCAAUUUUUCCAAUUUAUUUAUCGUUCCUUGACAGCGAGACCAUAACAGAAUUCAAAGCUAAUCUUAAAAUAACAGACUCGGACUCAUCAUGCUUUCAAAUUUCUAACCUUCAAGCAAAAAGAAAAUCCCGUUUUGAUCAUCCGUUAUUUGAUUAUCCAUCAUUCCUUCAGCAAAUUGAUCUGUCGGUAUUUCUUUAUCACCUGUUCAGUUGGGUAAAAAAGAAUUCAAGGUGGAGCAACAAAUUCUCGGGAGUUCGAAAAUUGGUCAAAGACAACUUUCGCAGAAUUCAAAGAAAGGGAAACCAAGGGGAAGAAGUCAAAUACGAUACCAGCAUCGAGAUGAGAUUAGGAGAACGAUUGUUCUUAAUGUUCAUAAGCAGAUCGAAGAAUUUCACCAAUUUCCGGUACAAAUGGACAUUGCCAAAUUUUGAUUAUCACGAAGAGAUCAUGAAAGAAUUUUUCUCUUCCGAAGUAGUUACAAAUUGGCUAUCAAACCUUUCAUCACUGGACUUUAACUUUCAGUUAAAAUCCUUGAUCACCAAAUUCACACCGCAUUUACAAAAUCUUAACUCGUUGUCCUUAAGGUUCCCGGCUGAUUACGCAGAAGAUGUGUACAACUUGAUUAGAGCGCAAAAGAACUUGGAGCAUUUGCAAAUCUAUCUACAUAUAUUCAAUAAUUAUCCGAUACCAUCGAUUUCACCUCUCCCGUGGCGUCUGUCACUAUCGCAACAUGCGGAUACCUUGAAAUCAUUUAGCAUCGACACCUUGCUUUGGGUAAAUUUCGACGAGGAAGCUCUAAGGACUUUAUUGUUGUGCCGAAAACUGGAAUCCCUAAAGUUACUAAAGCUACAACUUCCCAAAGAAAGGUUAAUCUUGUUUAAAGAUUCUUGCUUCACGAUGCUUACGGAAUUACAUUUGGAAUUUUCGCAUUUUCAAAAUUACGGCGAUUAUCUACAAUAUCUUACACAUUUGUUUGACCAUUGCCGUAACACUUUGGAAAUUUUGAAAAUCAAGAUGACGGUUAGGAGCAGCAUACACCAUCUCAUUGAUCAUAUAGCGAUAAAUUGUGAUAAUCUAAUGGAGCUUUCCAUAUCUGUUGGAACCGAAGAGGAAAUGUGGAGUGUCCUAAAGCUUGUGAAAAUGCGUAAUAAGAUCAGAAAAUUAGAGAUACAUAAGUUGCUCUAUUUUGAUUGCAGGGUCGAUGCUUAUCUAGUGUGUUUCGGCUCCAUUUUGAGGGCCGGGACACUCCGAUGGUUGGGAUUGAUGGACAUGAAGAUCUCGGGGAUAUACGUGGAAUGGUUUUUGAGGACGUGUGCAGCCGGAGGAAUAAAGUCGUUGUAUUAUGAAUGUGAUGACAUGCCGGAGGAAGGUCACAAUAUGAUCGUGGAUAAUUUGAAGCGUGAAAGUGUGAUGAGCAAUAGGUGCCUUUAUCGAACACAUAAAGUUGGCGAGAAUGAUUUUUGGGUUUAUUUGGAUCGCAUUUAG